UAUCUAGAAGUAGUUCUAAGACGAGCGUCGGCUGGUCAUAUGCUUUGGAGUGAACAUCUACAAGCGAUGAUCUCUAGUGGAGAGGGAAUGGAGUUUGCACCGGAACAGUAUACGGAUCCUCAAGAGCUGCGUUGUUUAGCCCAGAUCAUAGGACCGUAUGGAGUCAAAUAUUUGGCCGAAAGGUUAACAUGGCACGUUGCAAGUCAAAUAGGAGAACUGAAUAAGAUUGUGCUUGCCAAUAGAGAUGUGCUGCAUACAGCCAGAACUAACUUUGAUUGUAAUGAGCGCAUGAAGGAGGUUAUGCAGGCCCUUUCACAUGAACUUAAAGAAAAGAAAGGAAAUACGAGUUCACCCGCUGAUGCGAUUCUACAACGAACAUCUAUAAUUGGACAGAUAUUCAGUUUCAGAGAUGCCCUUCAUGUUGCUUUAGAACAGGCACUUUUCGAUGUGAUGGCAUCUUUCCUCGUACGAGCGCCACGAAUUACGGUCUAA